UCAACUAAACGCCCAUCACGUUGCGCACAUGGAUCGGGUCGAGGUGACCACGCCACACCCAGCAGUCCACGGCAGAGUGCCUGUGCUGGAGGAGCGGCUUGUGUAACAGCUGUAUCAGCCAGUGGCACCGACGGCAACCAGUUGCGCCAGCAGCUCCGUGCCUUGUUGAAAUGUCCAGCGCGCAGAGGAGGCGGCGCAUGCAGCGGCCUGCCAGCGCCACAGGGGCCGAGAUAUAGUUCAAGACAUUCACACGUAGUUUGUCAAAAAAAAACUGUUUGCGUGCGUAUGUUUCUGCCGUAGCUGUAGCCACUCUCUGGAGGAAUGAGAGGCGUUUAUCCGGCUCUCAAGAUGGGAUUGUUUUUGCACGCUGUUGGCUCUGUCACCCCCACCGAGUCCGCGGCAGACCGGAGCCUUCUGCACUGUGACGGUGUAAACAACCAGACCUACAUCUGUGAGUCGGGACACUGCUGCGGGGAGUCUCAGUGCUGCAGCUACUACUAUGAGCUCUGGUGGUUUUGGUUGGUGUGGGCAAUCAUCUUCAUUCUUUGCUGCUGCUGCGUGUGUCACCAUCGCCGCACAAAACACAGACUGCAGCAGCAGCAACGGCAGCACGAGAUCAACCUCAUCGCCUACCGGGAAGCACACAACUACCCCUCUGUGCCCUUCUACUUCAGUAAGUGCUAUGAUGAAUGUGUAUCUCCUGAGAUUUGCCCUUUGUUGUACUCAAAACUGUUCAACAAGCCCCUGCAGACAGCACAGGAUACAGGAAGGAAUCUGCUGUCGGAUGGGGUAAGCAGGGAGGGAUUUACCAGCCAGGAGAAAAGAAGUGGAAGUGGGGACGACACCUGCAAAGACCCCCUCCUGAAGGACCUAUCAGAGGGUUGCGCUGAGGACAAAGAUCGACUCCCCAUUGGAAGGAAGAGGCGAUUCACAGGGGACUCUGGGAUUGAGGUGUGUGUGUGUGGAACACGUGGGAGUAACAGCUUUAGUGGAGCCGGAGGGACGGGCCAGGAAGGCAAGGAGUUGAGGGAGCUCGAGAGCUUGCUGGGACGUGAGGGAGAUGACGGGGGGGAGGCGGAGGGGGAGGAGGAGGCCGGCGACUUCUGCGACAGCUGCGGUCAUCGAGCCUCCUUCGGCGUAGAAGAGGAGCAGGUGCUGUGCGGGCCGGAGAGGCGGGGAGCACGUGGGCCUUCAGUACCUCCUCAGCCGGUUCACCAGAUAGGCAGCGCUGCACUCCACCCCCCGGUGUGCCUCCUCCUGCACACCAUCAAUGAGCAGGAGGGGCCGCACCACAGCACCAGCACUGAGCCCCAGGGCUGAAGCACACAAACACACACACUUCUGUGUCACAGAGUGAAAGAGAGAGCACUUGACUCAGAGCAAGGAGGCAUAACCUUUUGUCUGAGCAAGUUCGUCUCAUCAAAAUACUUUCUCAGUGAGUGUUUUAAUGAAUGUGUGCGUCUUCGAUUAAACAAGGAUGGGAAGAGGAAGUGGAAUCUCAGCUAAAUGAGUUAGAUAAAAUUGUUGAGAACGCCUGCUCCUCCCCACACUUUACUGGUGGCCUUAACCUGUGUAUUUUGGGUUAUAUUUGGGAAGUACAAGCCCUACCACAACCUGUGGCAAUUAAGACUUCUCCCACUACACACACACCACACACACACACACACACACACACACACACACACACACACACACACCACA